AUGUUUGGCUCUCAUACUUUCCGCCUUGCAUCUCGAGCUUUCGCUGUCCAGCGCCUCCAUAGACCUACCAUUGCCCUUCCCCGCGCCUCUCGGCAGUUCUCAGUAUCUCGCAUCCAGCAUCUGGAACUCCCUCCGGAACUCACAAAACAUAUUGAGCAUACUGAGCUGUACCAAAAGCUGAAGGACAAGCCGGAGGCUAUUGUCGCUCUCGUGAGACUCGCAAACAUUGUGGAAGAUGCAGGCAUUGACUUGUCCAGUGGGAAACCACCAUCACCAAUUCAAUUAUUCCGCCUAGCGAGCAACAGAAAGUUUAAUAGGGAGGUCCAGAGCGUGAUGCAGGAGCUGGAGAAGGCUGGUAUCGACAUUAGUUCCCAGUCUGCUAUGCAGGAAAUGAUGACUAUGGCGAUGACGACGAGAACACCACCAAAAGACGAGUAG